AUGCUACCGCUCUCGCUGCUCAAGACGGCACAGGGACACCCGAUGCUGGUGGAGCUCAAGAACGGCGACACAUACAACGGCCACCUCGUGAACUGCGACACGUGGAUGAACGUCAACCUGCGGGAAGUCAUUUGCACGGCCAAGGACGGCGACCGGUUCUGGAAGAUGCCGGAGUGUUACAUUCGUGGCAACACCAUCAAGUACAUUCGUGUACCGAAUGAGAUUCUGGACAUGGUGCAUGAAGAAGACUUUAGCAAGCGCGACCGUCAAGCAAACCGUGGCCGUGGCCGUGGAUCGCGUGGCGGCAUCGGCGGUCGAGGAGGUCGUGGUGGUCGUGGUGGACGCGGUGGACGUGGGGACGGCAGUGACGGCGGGUCAGGUCGUGGGGAUGGUGGUCGUGGCCGUGGUCGAGGUGGCGGGCGUGGUCGUGGACGCGGUCGUGGCGACAACUAG